GCAAAAAGACUUAGCGGUUGCAAAAUAAGACAUCUGUCUACUUUGUCUGUCUGUCUGAACUCUUUAGCUGAUGUUGAAAGAUGGCUACUGUACGUAAUGCUAGACACGAUCCUGAAUCGGAAAGUCCAAUUGAUUAUGUGCAAAUUGAUGGAUUGGUAGUUCUUAAGAUCAUCAAGCACUGCCAUGAAGAAGGAGCGGGAGUUACUGAUGUUGCUCAGGGUGUAUUAUUAGGUCUUGGUGUUGACAACCGCUUAGAAAUCACAAAUUGCUUCCCAUAUCCACGUCAUACUGAUGAAGAGGACUUUGAUGAAAUGGAAUAUCAGAUGGAAAUGAUGAGGCAUCUCCGUCACGUCAAUGUUGAUCACCUUCAUGUAGGCUGGUACCAAAGCACACAUUUUGGAAGUUUUUAUAAUAAGCCACUUUUAGAGUCUCAAUUUAAUUACCAGAGCUCAAUUGAGGAAUCUGUUGUUUUGAUAUAUGAUCCAAUGCGAACAAGUCGUGGUUUUCUGUCCUUGCGAGCUUACAGAUUAUCCAAUACGGCAAUGAAACUGUAUAAAGAAGGCGAAUUUACUUUAGACAUGUUGAAAAAUCUUCAUGUAUCGUACUCAAAGAUAUUUGAAGAAAUAACUGUUAUUAUUCGAAAUUCUCAUCUCGUGAAUUUAUUGAUGUGUGAAGUUGCCGAUUGGAUGCCAGAAGAGGAAAGCAAUCAAUUUCUGGACAUGGGAACUGCCUCGGUCCUAGAAAAAAGUUUGCAAGCUAUGAUGGAGUGUGUUGAUACUGUGAGUCAAGAAACGAACAAACUGACUAAUCAUCAAAGACAAGUUAUAAAGCAGCAACAGGCUAAAAACCAGUAUUUGCAAAAACGGGCUGCUGAAAAUGCUGCUCGUGCUGCCAAGGAUGAACCACCAUUGCCUGAUGAUGAUAUCAACAAGCUUUUCAAGCCCAUACCUCCACCAUCCCGUUUGGAUGCAUUACUAGUUUCGGGUCAGAUAGAUAGCUAUUGUAAACAGAUUUCCCAAUUUUCUUCUCAAAAUCUAGCCAAAUUAUUUAUGACAGAAGCUUUACAGCAAAAGUAAAUGUCUCAUUGUGAAAUUAAAACAUUAAAGUGAUGCUGGUUUUUUUUUUAA